UCAUGUCUAGAUGCAUAGAUGGUGGAAAGUAGUUCAAACUCCAUUCAGGACUAGCAGUGGCAUUCAUAACAGGUGACAUGUCUUAACCCAAGAACAGUACUUAACACACUGUCAAAACGUGUUUUCAACCUGUAGAAGUUACGUGGCUUCAGCUUAUAACUGAUCAUUUCCUGAAACAGGGAAAAUGGAGAGGCAUCAGUCACUUUUUAUAGCACUGUAUAUUGAGAAGAAUUAUUGAUUGUGAAGAUCUACUGCGGCUUGUUCAAACAGAUGAUGCAGUUUUUCCAUAUGUCAUACUUAUUGGCUGUCCAGUUCAGGGAUUGUUUUCACGUUGGUGGUAGGAGGGAGUUAAAGGUUGCUGUAGCUGCAUGGCCACAUUGCUUUGAAAGAGCAGAGGCACAGAAAUACUGAAAACUCUACUUGGUGGAAGAGACUUUCUAGAAUUUUUUUUUGCAGUCUUGCCUAUGAGUUGAAAUGUGCAGUGUUGCUGUGCUUGGAAAGCACACCUUCAUGUGUUGUUACAAACUAGCAUUCCAGCUUGCUUGAAAACAACAACAAAAUGCUUUCCAAGUACUACUUCUGUUUUAAUGAGAGAUCUGUAGAAUUCUGGAGGAUGAACUGCUGGAACCCACCUCUGGGAAUGAAACAAAGAUGUCUUUUGUAGCAGAGUAAUUUAUGGGCUGUGUGCUGGGACAUCCUCAGUGUCUAGAUUAUGGGCCACCUUUCCAGCCCCCUUUUCACUUGGAGUUUUGCUCUGCCUAUGAAAAAUUUGGCUGCUGUGACCAGGAGAGAGACAACAGCAUUGCAGCAAAAUACUGGGAUAUCAUGGAUUACAUUGAUCCCCGGGGGCAUAAGCUGUGUGGAACAUACAUCAAAGAUAUCCUGUGUCAGGAAUGUUCUCCAUAUGCUGCACACCUCUAUGAUGCAGAAAACCCUCGGACACCUCUAAGAAGCCUCCCAGGGCUCUGCUUUGACUACUGCUCCGAGUUUCAUUUCAACUGCCGCUCUGCCAUCCACCUGCUGACGCGUGACAAGCACAUCCAAGAAUGCUGCGAGACAAACAGAACGCGCUUUUGCCACCUCCUCCAACUGCACGACGAGGACUACUGCUUCCCCAAUGUGCUGAGGAACACGGCCCUCAACUACAACCUGGGCUCCGUGGUGGAGGACCAGGGAGGCUGUAUCCAGCUCUGCCUGAGGGAGGUUGCCAACGGCCUGCGGAACCCGGUGCUCAUGGUGCAUCCCAAUGACCGCUCCCACCGCCUGUUCGUGGCCGAGCAGGUGGGCGUCGUCUGGGUCUACCUGCCCGAUGGCAGCCGGUUGGAGGAGCCCUUUCUGGAUAUUAAAAGUAUAGUGCUGGCUACACCAUGGCUAGGGGAUGAGAGGGGUUUUCUGGGAAUGGCUUUUCACCCCAAGUACAAGUACAAUGGGAAGUUUUAUAUCUAUUACUCAUACAUGGAUAAGAACCGAGUGGAAAAGAUCAGGAUCAGUGAAUUGAAGGUUUUGGCGUCUGAUGCCAACAAAGCUGAUCCGCGCUCUGAAAGGAAUCUUUUGGAGCUUGAGGAACCAGCUGCAAAUCAUAACGGCGGGCAGCUGCUCUUUGGUGUGGAUGGCUAUAUGUAUCUAUUCACAGGGGAUGGAGGGAAAGCUGGAGACCCUUUUGGAAAAUUUGGAAACGCUCAGAACAAGAGUACUUUGUUGGGGAAAGUUUUGAGGAUUGAUGUGGAUGGAAAAAGUCCUGAUGGAAAGCCUUACCGCAUCCCUCCUGAUAACCCAUUUGUGUCUGAUCCCAAGGCCCGCCCUGAGGUUUAUGCUUAUGGGGUCAGGAACAUGUGGCGCUGUACAGUUGACAGAGGAGACCCUGUCACAAAAAAGGGAAGAGGGAGGAUAUUCUGUGGGGAUGUCGGGCAGAACCGGUUUGAAGAAAUCGACCUCAUUGUUAAAGGAGGGAACUACGGCUGGAGAGCAAAGGAGGGAUUUGAAUGCUAUGAUACAAAGCUUUGCCACAAUUCCUCUUUGGAUGACAUUCUCCCAAUAUUCGCAUAUGGCCGCGGUGUGGGGAAGUCAGUUACUGGAGGUUAUGUCUACAGAGGAUGUGAAUCGCCCAACUUGAAUGGCCUUUAUAUUUUUGGUGAUUUCAUGAAUGGUCGACUUAUGGCUUUACAGGAAGAUGAGAAGACAAAUAAGUGGAAGAAGCAGGAUAUCUGUAUCGGCAGCACAACAGCUUGUGCUUUCCCUGGAAUGAUCAGCUCUUAUAGCAAAUUCAUCAUCUCAUUUGCUGAGGAUGAAGCAGGUGAGCUGUAUUUUAUGUCUACUUCUUAUCCCAGUGCCUAUGCACCACAUGGAUCGCUCUACAAGCUUAUUGAUCCUGCAAGGAGAGCUCCACCUGGGAAGUGUAAAUACAAGCCUGUUCCAGUGAAAACAAAGAGUAAGCAGAUACCGUUUGUUCCACGUGCAAAGACUGUCCUUGAGCUGCUUAAUGAGCCUUCAACAGCCAAGCCUCCAAAAAAAUCUUCUACCCUUCCUGCAGCCCUCCCAACGGUUUCUUCUAAGAAAGCAAAUAAACCCCCAUCCACCAAAAUAAAAGCAUCAACUGUGCAACCAGCUCCAUCUGGUAAAGAGAGAAAGAGAAUCAAAGCUGAGGCUAAACCUCACAAGCCAAGGCAGGGAGAAAAGGUUGCACACAGCUCCAGAACUACACCAGCGCCACCUUUGCCUAAAAGGAAGAGCUCCCACCUAGCCAGACCCAAGAAGGUUCUUCCGAAGAACGCAGCACUAGCUAAGGGAAAACUGGAGAAGAGGAGGAAGAAACAGCUUUUGAAGCUCAGUGAUGCACCAGAAUAAGCAAGUCACUUGUAAGAUGGUGAAACAAAUGUCUUGAAUAGUGACCAAAUAAAAGAGAAUUUGACUGACUUAUUAUGCCAGUGCUCCCAGGUGUGCUUCUCUUACUGGCA